AUGGCCGCGGCCGCCGUUGCGACUGCGACUGCAACAGCGCCAGCGAGGGCAGAGAACCAUUCGAGAAGCGAGUCCCAUGGCCAACAACCGGGACCGGGACUGAAGCACCUCGGCCGUGGUGGCGGCGAUAUGCAAAUCACCACGCGCACCGACCUCUCGCUCCUGUACCGCGCGCUGCGCGCCGUCAUGAAACCACUGCGUCCCCGUCUCGUUCAGCUCGACGGGUCAGCGCAGCCGGCGGGGUCGCCGCGCCUGUCGCCGCCGAGGAAGCGGGGUGUGCGGAUCACCGAGACGCGGUGUGCCGACGUGUGGAUGUAUCGGUAUCGGAUUCGCGCUCACGCUCGCGCGGGCGAGGCGGGGAAGGCGACUGGACGAGAUGAAGGAAGUGGAGGAGAGGGAGGAAGACGCGUCCACCACGUCUACUAUUUCUGCGGCGGCGGGUUCCAAUCGCCCCCUUCUUCCGAACACUGGCGCUUCGUGGCACAGCUUGCGCAAGACCUCGCGAGACACCGGUCCAGUAGUAAUCCGCUCGUUGUCGACGAGAAUGAUGGUGGCAAACACGCCUACGACCCACACAAAAACACCGACACCGACACCGAAAUCGAGCUGGUCCUCGUCAGUUAUCCACUGGCCCCCGAAAAUCCGGCGAGCGAGAGCUUGAGGAUCCUCCGGAAGUGGCUCACGACGGUCAUGGACGAGGCGGCAGCGAAGGGGAACACGCUCGGUCUGGCGGGUGAUAGCAGCGGGGGGAAUGUCGCCCUGAGUCUGGGAUUCUGGGCAGUGCAGAAUUAUGGGAUUGGGCCAUCACAACAACAACAACAACAACAGCAGCAGCAGCAGCAGCAGCAGCAGCAGCAGGGGCAGAGCCAGCAAAUCCAUUCUAGAACGGAAACACCUCUUGCUGCUGGCGAUGACGGCGACAACGACUUGACCAAGCGCACCAACAAGGGACCUGGAACAAGGACGAGAGAGGGUAAAUUCCCGCUCACGGCCUUGAUCAGCAUCUCAGGUCCCACAGACUUGACCAACACCAACCCGGAAAUCCGCAAGGCGGAUCAACUGGACUGUCUCCUGACGGAGAAGACGACACGAGAAGUCGCGCAGGUCUGGACCGCGAACGGUGACAGCAACGGCACAGCGAACAAGAAGAAGCAGAACUCUCCCUCCCACGAACCCACACCGCUCACCGACCCCAGCGUUUCGCCCCUCCUCAGCCCCGACGCGGCCUUCCACGCCCUCAAGGAACGAAAGGUACACGUGCACGGGGUCUUGGGCACGCACGACGUGUUGGCGCCGGACGCAAUAGCAUUCAUGCACAAGUGCCAAAGACUCGGGCUGACGGGGCAGUGGCUGGUGUGGGAGGGCCAGAUGCACUGUUUCCCUCUUGCGGGCGGAGAGGGCUGGCUGGGGAUCCGGGAAGGGAGAGAAGCGCGCGAGUUUAUAGAAAGUGUGCUUCGAAGAGAAUCUGGGCGGGAAGAUGUGAAUCAUGUAUAA